CGUCGCUCGCUCGGGCCAUUGGCAAUUCUCGAGGGUCCAGCGAGCGAAUUAUUAGCUGACGUGAAUUUACUCCACCCUCAGCUCCCUCAUCUUUGCUCCUGAUCUUUCAUCCCACUCCGUUGCCCACCAUUUCUCGUCUUCAGCAAGCUCGCACCUUGCUCAGCCGCUUCCUCCGAGGUCAAAGCAGCCGCACCACCGCCACUACCAGCACCACUCCACCUCUCUCCCAGGCCCGCUCCGCUUCCCACGCCCAAUCUUGGCCUCCGAUGGAGCAAUCGAUCAACGUCCUCGAUCAGCCCCUUCAGACCUGUUCUGAGCAGCCCAUGACGGGCUUCUACAGGAAUGGGCGAUGUGAUACCGGACCUGGCGAUGGCGGGUCGCACACUCUGGCUGCAGAGGUCAAUGCCGAAUUCCUCAGCUUCUCUGCUAGCAGGGGCAACGAUCUCAGGGGCAUCUUGAGCCCGGGGUGCAGGUGGUGCCUGUGUGUCUCGAGGUGGAAGGAGGCCCUUGAUGCUUACAGGCAGGGGCAAAUCGGCAAGCAGGCUGUUCCCAGCGUCAUCAUCCCGGCGACGCACAAGAUGGCUCUCAGCAAGGUGACGAUCCAGGAUCUUCAAGAGUUCUCCAUCGACAAGAGACAAGGACUGCGAGGUGGUAGCAUUCCCGACCCUAGCUCCGGCGGUCCCAUCCGUUGAGCAGGAGGGCGCAGCGUCUUUGCCACUCCUCAACAAUACAGAUAGCACGUAGUCAUUUUCCCACCAUCGACGAGGUAGUGUUCUUCCCUGACUCAUCGAUACAAUGUGUCCUCUUUAUCCCCUUGUCAUCCUGAUGUCGUGAACCUAGAGUUACAGUCUGCUCGACCAAGCGCAUCUGACAUCUUCUCACCCCCCACCCUUGGCUUGACACCUCUGUGACGUAACGACGCCUCGUGUUCCCCCAUUUCGAGGCGUUCCACCAGCCUGUCGCGGAACACAAAAU